CCCGCCACAAAUAUGAUAUAAGCUAUGGUUGGUUUUCAGCUGCAACGUCUCAGUCACUUGUAAUAUAAUAAAACUCAAAAUCCCAAAUUGAUUAUAAUAAAAAGAACUGGCUUCUGCAGAAAGAGAGUGACGACUAGGAAGAUGUAUCAGGCCUUUAAAAUGCUUCUCUAUUCCUCAACUCGGUUCCUUCUUCUUUCCCUUUUCUCCUUCACUUGACGACCACGACGACGAAAAUUUGAUUUCAAUCACGGUUGUUGUUGCGGUGGAUGGGAGGCGGAAAUCUUCAUUCCCUUCCGCCCGAAAAUGCUUCUGCGGUUACCGUUGGAAAUACCAAGCUUUCUGAUGCUCCGGUUCUUUUCUUCGUUUACUGCCACAAGGCUUUUCGUGCUCAGCUGGUGGACCUCCGGCGUUUCGCUACUGACGCUGCAGAAGCUGAUUCCUUUAGCGGGGAUCUGGCGGUGGAGCUCUCCCGGAAGUUUGAGUUUUUGAAGCUUGUAUAUAAGUAUCAUAGUGCAGCUGAAGAUGAGGUUAUAUUUUUGGCGCUUGAUAAACGAGUAAAAAACAUAGUUUCUAAUUAUUCACUUGAGCAUGCUGGCACAGAUGAUCUCUUCACCUCAAUUUUUCAUUGGCUACAUGUUCUUGAGGAAGAAAUAGGAAGCACAAGUGAUGUUCUUCGUGAAGUUAUAUUAUGUAUAGGCACCAUUCAAUCAUCUAUAUGCCAACAUAUGCUUAAAGAAGAGCGUCAGGUCUUUCCUUUGUUAAUUGAGAAGUUCUCUUUCCGAGAACAGGCGUCACUUGUGUGGCAAUUCAUAUGUAGUGUUCCAGUGAUGGUGCUUGAAGACUUUUUGCCAUGGAUGAUGUCUUAUCUCUCUCACGAGGAGAAAAUUGAAGUUGAGAAUUGCAUUAAAGAUGUUGCCCCAGCUGAAGACUCAAUGCAACAGGUCAUAAGCUCUUGGCUUCUUGACGACAGUCAAUCUUCUUAUGGGACUCCUACAGAGAUCAUGAAAGGAGUCCAGUAUGUUAAUGUGUCUAAAAGUAUGAAGAAAUCACCUGAGUCACAUCCGUCCAGCGGAUGUUUUCAACGGUUUUGGGAGUGGAGUAAAAAGUCCCUUUCUAUUCCAAAUGUAGGACGCAGCCCGAUUCAUGGUCUUCGACUUUUUCAAAAUGCAAUUGAAAAGGAUUUGAGAGAUAUUCAAGAAGGAUUAUGCAGAGCAAAAUUCUCAAGCCUUCUUGUGGACCUUGAUGUACUGAUGGCCCGAUUAAACUUCCUUGCUGAUGUCCUUGUUUCUUAUAGCAAUGCAUUUAAGAAGUUCUUUCACCCAGUGUUAGAAGAAAUGACAGCUCGCCCCUCUUCAACUGCCAAACAAUUCAACAUAGAUGGUUGUCUUGAGAAUUUUCAGAGAUUUCUAUACAAAAGUGCUGAUGAUAAAACAAGGACAGAUGAUUUUCUAUUGCAGCUUCAGGAGGAACUUGAGUCCCUUAUAGUACAAGUAACAAAUCAAUUUUCUGUACAGCGAACAGAGGUAUUCCCAAUCAUCAGCAAGAAUUGCAACCAUGAAAUGCAGAAGCAGCUCCUAUACACAAGCAUUCAUGUCUUACCUCUUGGAUUGCUAAAGUGUGUCAUACUUUGGUUUUCUGCUCAUCUAUCAGAAGAGGAAUCUCAAUCAAUUCUUCAUUUCUUAAGUUUGGAAGAUUCUUCUCCCAAGAAAUCAUUUCCACGCCUCUUGCUACAGUGGCUUCGUUUUGGCUACUCAGGAAAAACCUCUGUUGAAACUUUUUGGAAACAGCUGGCAGUGAUGUUCAAAGUAAGAUGUUCCUGCCAAAAAGAUCACAAUGAAGAAGCAUCAGGAUCAUUUUCCAACCAAACACAGAUGCAACUAUGCAAAGGAUCUAAAGUUGUUUGUCCUAGAAAGAAAGAUAAGUCUUCAACCUGCUUCAUGUCAAUGGAUCUAGCUGCUGGAGACAUGUAUGAGACACCUUACUCUAGUCGAAUGAAUCAGCAAAUGAUUUUCUCGGGAAAGCUCAAGCCUCCUCUCCAUCUUCCAAAUUUUUUUGGUGAGAAGAAUAUGGAUGAUCCAUCGAUAAUGGAUGUAAAACCAAUUGACCUCCUUUUCUUCUUCCAUAAGGCAAUGAAGAUGGAUUUGGACUACCUUGUUUGUGGAUCGGCAAGAUUGGCAGCCGACUUUCGGUUCCUCGCGGAGUUUCAACAGCGAUUCCAUAUGAUAAAGUUCUUGUAUCAGAUACAUUCGGAUGCAGAGGAUGAAAUUGCAUUUCCAGCAUUGGAGGCCAAGGGACAACUUAAAAACAUUAGUCACUCAUUUGGCAUUGAUCAUGAGCUAGAAACUAAACACUUCGACAAAGUUUCAUUCAUUUUGAAUGAGAUGGCAGAACUGAACAUGUUGGUUUCUACCAUAAAUACCAAUGCAGUGGACCACCAUCGAAAGACGAAGUAUGAGCGGUUAUGUCUGAGUCUCCAAGAGAUUUGCAAAUCUAUGCACAAGCUGUUGUCUGAGCAUAUCCAACAUGAAGAAACUGAGCUAUGGGGUCUAUUCAGAAACUGCUUCUCUAUUGAAGAACAAGAGAAAAUGAUAGGAUGCAUGCUUGGGAGAAUAAGUGGGGAAAUAUUGCAGGAUAUGAUUCCUUGGUUAAUGGAAUCAUUGACUUCUGAUGAACAGCUUGCCGCGAUGUCCUUGUGGCGCCAAGUAACUAGGAAAACAAUGUUUGUCGAAUGGCUAACAGAAUGGUACAACGGUCAUGUUUUACAAGAGGAAGCAGGAGAAUCAAACAAUGAUCCAUUUGGGGAUUCAGAUCCACUAGAGAUUGUUUGGAAGUAUCUCUUUGAAGCAGCUGCUGAUGGGGACAUAGGGAGCAACCUUGUCCAACUCUCAGAAACAGACUUCACGGGUAUGAUGAAUCAGCCACCUCAUAAUAACAAUGUUGAACUCGGCAACAAAGAGGAGAAGGAUCUAGAACGCUCAGAAAGUAAAAAGAUAUGUAGAGGAGCUGACCAAAAGAGGGACAAAGAACAAACUGACAACAAUUUCCAGACAAGAAAUCCUAGUCAGACUUUCCAAAUGUCUCAGAAGGUUAGCCAGUUUGGUCCAUCCAAGAGAUAUGAACAAUUGUUAACAAUGAGUGAGGAAGAACUUGUGGUUGUGAUUAAGAAAAUAUCAUGCGACUCUUCCUUGAAUCCUCAGAAGAAAUCCUAUAUCAAGCAGAAUUUGUUAAUGAGUCGGUGGAAUAUCUCACAACGUACAAAUAUUUUGGAACCAUCAUCUCUCUCAAGCAACAUGGAAACAGUUCCUGGUCAACAUCCAUCAUAUCGAGAUCCUCAUAGUUUGAUCUUUGGUUGCAAUCAUUACAAGAGAAAAUGCAAGCUUUUUGCUCCUUGUUGUGACAAGCUGUUCACAUGUAUACGAUGCCAUGAUGAAGAAGCUGAUCACUCGGUGGAUAGGAAACAGAUUACAAAGAUAAUGUGCAUGAAAUGCCUCUUGAUCCAGCCGAUUGGUGCAAAUUGCUCAAAUACUUCAUGUAAAUCGUCAAUGGGAAAAUACUUUUGCCAAAUAUGCAAAUUAUAUGACGAUGAAAGGAAAAUAUAUCACUGCCCUUACUGCAACCUCUGCCGGGUAGGGAAAGGACUGGGCAUUGAUUACUUCCAUUGCAUGAAAUGCAAUGCUUGCAUGUCACGUACCUUAGUAGAGCAUGUUUGCAGGGAAAAGUGCUUAGAAGAUAAUUGCCCUAUAUGCCACGAGUAUAUCUUCACCUCCAGCUCUCCUGUGAAGGCUCUUCCUUGCGGUCACUUGAUGCACUCCACAUGCUUUCAGGAGUACACAUGUUCACAUUACACAUGCCCUAUCUGCAGCAAGUCACUAGGAGAUAUGCAGGUCUACUUUAAGAUGUUAGACGCAUUGCUUGCAGAAGAGAAGAUGCCUGAUGAAUACUCCAACAAAACUCAGGUGAUCUUGUGUAAUGACUGUGGAAGAAAAGGAAAUGCUCCUUACCAUUGGCUUUACCACAAAUGCACAAGCUGUGGCUCCUACAAUUCAAGGCUCCUUUAGAUCUCUCUCCAAUUUUCCUUUUCCAUUGACAUUAUUGUAGAAUCAGCUGUCCAUGUAGUACAUGGCUGAUAAGAAAACAUUUUUGUAACAUUUGAUGUUGUACAAAAAUAAAUCAUACAAAAAAUAUUCCAAAUGUAAUCAAUAAUUCAAUAUGGGUCGUAUCACCCUGAAA